CUGGUUGUAGCCGUCAGUGCCGUUGCCGAGUGCGUUGCGAGUGUACGUUCGUGCGUCGAAAUCUCCUCGACAUCUAACGCCAACUGUAAACACUGCCCAGAACAGACGCGUUACACUUCAGUUUAGGAACCGGUUGGUGUGAUCAAAGAGGUUGACUACGAUUUGUGACAUAGAUGUGUUCAGUGACCUUUUUAACUGUGUUUCAUUUGAGUUGUUGAGUGUUAAUGAUUAGUGUCAGUGAAAACAAUUUAACCAUGCGAUGACCUGUGUUUUUUAUAUUGGAUUUUUUACUGAAUCAAAAUUAAAUAAAUAAAUAAGAAACGGAUGUGAAAAUGGCGCGCUUCGGAAUGGUUUUUAGGUUUUAAGCAAUAUGGCCGUCGCUCGCGCGGUCCUGGUGUUGCUAGCGUCCACUGCACAAGCGUGGAUGCCCGAUGCUAAUGCUCGAAUCCAUGUAAAGUAUGGCGAUGACCUUACGGAACAGUUCGUGGGCAACACAACGGGACCAAACCACUUCCGUAUUUUAGACAAAGAUGACUUCUCACUUUUAGUCGGCGGCAGGAGUACUGUCUUCAACCUCAGCCUUUACGAUUUAUCAGAAAAUGUAGAACAGCGUUUAGAAUGGCAAUCUACGGAUGCACAUAGAGAACUAUGCCAGUUGAAAGGCAAAUCUGCAGAUGACUGUCAGAAUUACCUCCGUGUGGCGUCGAGGACACACGGCCGGCUAAUGGUAUGCGGCACCAACGCAUUUAAACCCAUGUGCCGACGAUACAACCGACACAUGCCAAAUCAUCACCUCGAAGAAUUUGAUGGGACCGGCAGAUGUCCAUACAAUCCGCAGCAUAAUUCUACGGCUAUAUUCACUGAUGGUCACCUCUAUACGGCAACGGCAGCUGACUUUUCUGGCUCGGAGCCUUUAAUAUACAGAGAACCUGUUAGAACUGAACACUCUGACUUACGAUUAUUGAACGAUCCUUCAUUCGUUGGAGCAGUUGCGUCUACAAGUCAUGUGUACUUUUUCUAUCGUGAAACUGCUGUAGAGUAUAUGAAUUGUGGAAAGGCUGUGUACUCAAGAGUUGCCAGAGUUUGUUUAAAUGAUAAAGGCGGCCCGCACCCUUUUAACGAUAGAUGGACGUCAUUCCUCAAAGCACGUUUGAACUGCUCAAUACCCGGAGAAUACCCAUUUUAUUUCGAUGAAAUUCAGGCAACAACUGAAAUAAUAAACGGGGUUUACGGUAGUGGUAGCAGUCGAAAUGAUAUUGUAUACGCAGUUUUUACUACUCCACAAAAUGCUAUAGGUGGGUCGGCCGUGUGUGCUUUUGCUAUGAGAGAUAUUUUAGAUGCAUUCGAAGGUCCAUUUAAAGGACAAAAAAAUAUGAACUCAAACUGGUUGGCGAUGCCUAAAGAAAAAGUGCCACAACCACAACCAGGGUCAUGCGUUGAGGACAGUCGGACACUCUCCGAUUCAGCUAUUAAUUUCAUAAAAACGCAUCCACUUAUGAAUAAAGCUGUCACGUCAUUUCUGGCACGACCCAUCCUUCUCAGAGUAAGUUUACAGUACAGAUUUUCAGCGAUUGCGAUACACCCUCAAGUGCAAUCGAUGAAUGGAAACAAAUACGAUGUUAUGUAUGUUGGUACUGAUGACGGACGAGUCAUCAAGGCUGUAAAUGUAGCCUCUAACGAAGGAGUUUUCGAUGCCAGUAUGGAUGAGUAUAGCAAAAAUCCUGUAAGAACAGCUAUAAUAUCCGAAGUCCAAGUCCUUCCGGUGGGUGUGCCUGUGAAACAAAUGCAUGUCGCUUUAACUACCGAGAAAUUAAUCGUUGCAUCCGGUGACAUGAUAAAAGCCGUUACAUUAUCACAUUGUUCCAACAUCCAAUCAUGCAGGGAAUGCGUAUCUCUCCAGGACCCACAUUGCGCAUGGGAUUCGAAACAACAACAAUGCUCCUGGGUUGGUAACAGACAAUUUCCCAAUCCUGAGAGAUUUUUACAAAAUAUAGAAAAUGGAAAGACUGAAAUAUGCAACAAACUGCCCGCACUCUUGCCGGGUGAUCGUCAUACAAAUAGAAAUCCGGCUACGAAAAAACCAUCGCAAACAGAAGCGAACAAACCGACUAAUGAUUUCCAAAAUGAAAUCUUAAUAGAGGUCGUCGAAACGAAUGUUUUAACUGAAGAUAAAAGUUCGAGUAACAAUAAGCACGAAACAGAUCACCUAACAGUGGAAGCAGCUGACGGAAAUAUCUAUAGCGCUCAGGCUCUAUUGACAGCGGUAGUAGCUUCGUGUUUAAUUACGCUCAUGGUGGGCUUUGUUAUUGGUUAUUUAUUUUCCCGGCGAUUUCGACACCCUUUUUUCACGGAUACUUCGCCGUUCAAUGAACAACACAAUCACUUAAACAGGCUCAGCCCUUUGGAGACGCCACUGAACGUUAACUCGGGCUACAUGCCACCGAGGUCAAAGAACGUUAAUAUGGUAGCCAAUGUAUGCCCGCUGGCAAAGCAAGAUAACCUGCAUUUAGAAUUAGGCAAGGAACGUACACUUGACCUACGGAACUCUACCGAGUCUCUGGACAAAGACUUAAAAUGUGGUACCUUACAGAAAGUGAAAAAGACUUACAUUUGAAACCUAACUCAACAAACUCUAUAUGGUAGCAUUUCUAAGUGACAUUGACAGUUGUGCGUCGCGAGUGCCAAGUCAACCGAGUCAGUCGGCUGGGACAGUGUGUUCGGUAUAUUUGUGUGAGAACUUUUGAUUUUUGUAAAUAUUGCGUUGCAUCUGUGUACAGUUUACAUUUAUCAGAUAAGACUUCUGAUUUUUACCGCACAUUGCAUUUAAAUGUUACGAUACUAAAAAGUGUUUAACUUUUUCUUUUAUUAUGACUUAAACAUCGUUUGUAAAUCCAAACCAUAUGAUGUAUUGUUGAAAUACCCUGUAGUUUUAAUGUUAUGGAGAUUAUCGUAACUAAUGACAUGCUAAUACAUUUUAAUAGAAAUUGUCCAAAAAGUAUACAUAAUAUUUUAAUUAAUUUGUAAUUAAUACGUGUGAAAGAUAUUAAUCUAACGCCAGAUUUUACUACAGUCGGUGACAUUCUACACUAACCAUAGUUAAAGAAGGUUAAAAAACGAUAACUUCUUUUUUUAUCGAAAAUUGUAACUUCGCAAAAUUACUUAUAUAAUUUAUAGUUACUUUGGACAUUUUCUAUUCAAAUGUUCUACAUAGAUUUAAUACUAAAGACAAUCGCCGCUGGGGAUUAUCUACUUUCCGCUGUUGAUUAUGAUGACCAAAGGAAACCUAUAAACAUUGAUUGUCAGUUCAGUAUUAAAUCUAUAAGUAAUACAUUCCAGACUUUAGAUGUUUAGUAAUAUUCGCAGAGCAGCUCUUUGUUGUAAAUAUAAAUGUGUAUAUAAAGCUAUUAUAGCGAUUGGGCUUAAGUACCUCGACAUAGAGAUCGCAAAAAAAAUAUUGAAUUGAAAAAUCUCUAGGUAAAUACGUAGACAAAUUCGAACAUUUAAUCAAUACAAAUAUUGUUGCGAGCAGUUUAAGAAACGGCCAUUAACUGUUUUUGAAAGUCAUUAAAAUGAAUAUAUAAAAUUUGUUAAAGUAAUAUAAAUUUAUGACUAUAUUAAAUUGCUGUGCUAACUGCAUAGUGCCUUGUAGGUUGCCAAUCUAGUGCCUAAUGUAAUCUAGGAUUCAUCAGGAAGAGAAUAUAUAGUUACUUGUUCUACUGUUCUCUGUUUAAAGCUUAUAAGCUUUGACAAAACCGUAUUUAUUACAUAACAAAAUUAGUUUUUAAAUAGUUUUAUAUGGCUUAUUCUGCUGAUCUUAGUAAUAUUUAUUCAUAAGCAACGGUCUAAGUUUUACACCAUCCUAUUCUAUGCGUUUCUAUGUCGGUUAUUAUUUUAACUAAUUUUAAUGACUAAACUUUUUGUCCUAAAAAAUGACUUUGAAUGUUAGGCUGAAGAAACCACCAGAGAUCUAAAAAUUAAAAAAUAUUCCCACCGUGAAACAAUCAAAGUUGUUAGAUAAGCGGAAACGAUUUUUCCGUCUUCUUGCUAUGUAAACUUUAGAAAGAGUUCUAUUAUUAUAGUUAUAGAUGAGGCGAAAUAAACUCUUUAAAAUCAUAGGAAAUUUUUAUUUUUAAAACUUUUAUAUUUUAUAGAUAAGUAAUAAAACAGAUGAAACAUGUCAAUACUUAACUUUUUGCAAGAAAUUGUUACUGGAACACGACCUACGUAUAUUGUACAUACAUUCAGAUUAAACUCAUUGUACUGUAUACAACAGAAUAUGUAUUAUUUAUAUUCUUUGUAAUAAAUAAAUUUAAAUAUUG